AUGGAUUUUUUUGACUCCUGCUGGGAAGGCAAGGAAGAGUUAACCUUCCUGCCCGGAGAAGCAGCUGAAACAGUCGCGGGGGGGCUGCCACUUCUGGGCGUGCCACUCCCGGAGCCACCGCUGGGCGUGCCGCUGCCGCUGGCCCUGGGCUUCUGGCGGCUACCUCUGGAUUUCGUAGCUGAUCUCUGGAGACACUGCACUAAAUCCUUCAGCUGCCAAUCUGCCAGCUGCUUUAAGACCGUCUUUGGGUUCAGGCUGGUGAAUGGCAGCAGAGGCUGUGAGGGGAGGGUGGAGGUUGAUGUAGAGGGGACGUGGGGCACCCUCUGUGACUGGCGCUGGGACCUGCUGGACGCCCACGUUCUCUGUCGUCACCUCAACUGUGGCUUUGCUGAGUCCGUUCCUGGAGGAGGCCAUUUUGGGAGAGGCACAGGCCCUGUCUGGAGAGACUCCUUCCACUGUGCUGGCACUGAAGCCCAGCUGGGCCAGUGCCCCGUGAGCAGCCUGGGGGCCUCUCUGUGCUCCCAUGAGCAGGACGCUGCUGUCAUUUGCUCAGGUGAGCGCUGGCCAAAUGCUGGCAGAGCUGCAGUCUGCCCUUGCCUGAGGCAGAGCAGGAGAGCUGCAAGGGCCUGCACUGGCUCCGGUUCCCUGCGGCUGGUGGGUGGAGGGAGCCGCUGCGAUGGACGAGUGGAGAUCUUGCGGCGUGGGACGUGGGGCAGGGUCCUGGCAGAGCAGUGGCACCUGCAGGAGGCCAGCGUGGUGUGUCGGCAGCUGCGGUGUGGAGAAGCAGAGGCAGCCUACACCCUGCCAAAGGCUGAGAGAGGGCAGGGCCCCGUGGGGCUGCGAGGGGUGCGGUGUGCAGGGCACGAGGCCAGCCUGCAGCUCUGCAACACCUCCCUGCCCCAGAGCAUGCUGUCAGCAGGCAUUGCAGAGGAUGUGGGGGUCUCUUGCAGUGGUGAGUGGCACUGCCAGGGCCCCCAGGCUGUGUGCUGGCUGGGCAGCAGCCCCUGACAGCAGCUGGGGCUUCUUCCUGCUGCAGGCAGCCGGCAGGUGCGGCUGGCAGGGGGCCGCGGGCGCUGCGAGGGCAGAGUGGAGAUCUACUCGCAGGGCAGCUGGGGCAGCGUCUGCGAUGACAGCUGGGACCUGGCCGAUGCCAGCGUCGUUUGCCAGCAGCUGGGCUGCGGAGGGGCGCUGCAGGCGGUUGGCUCCGCUGGCUUCGGGGCAGGCUCUGGGCACAUCUGGCUGGAUGGGGUCAACUGCUCCGGGGCCGAAGCUGCUCUCUGGGAGUGCCCGGCAGGGCCCUGGGGGCAGCACGACUGCGGGCACAAAGAGGACGCCGGAGUCAUCUGCUCAGAUUUCGUGGCCCUGAGGCUGGAGAACAGCAGCAACUGCUCCGGGCGCCUGCAGGUGUUCUACAAUGGCACCUGGGGCAAUGUCUGCUCCAACUCAAUGACUCUCAGAACUGUGUCCCUGGCAUGCAAGGAGCUGGGCUGUGGGGACAGAGGAUACCUGGAUGCAAACCUGCCCUCUGCUAGGGUGUCUGCUGCUGCCUGGCUGGAUCGAGUGCAGUGUGGGGAGAGAAACAGCUCCUUCUGGCAGUGUCCCUCUGCUCCCUGGCACCUGCACUCUUGUGAAGACCUGAGAGAUGAGACCCACAUUAUCUGCCAUGGAGCUGCAGAGGUGAGGCUGGCAGAUGGCGGCAGGCGCUGUGCUGGGAGAGUGGAGGUGAAACACGAGGGACAGUGGGGGACUGUGUGUGGUGACCACUGGGACAUGAAGGAUGCUGCAGUGGUUUGUAGGCAGCUGGGAUGUGGAUCUGCUCUGGAAGUUCAUUUCGGUCGAAGCUUUGGGCCAGGAUCUGGCCCCAUUUGGAUGGAUGAUGUUCAGUGUGAUGGCUCCGAGUCUGCCCUGUCUGACUGCACACACAAUGGAUGGGGUGAGAACAACUGUGGUCAUAAUGAGGAUGUUGGAGUGACCUGUUCAGGCUUUGUCCAACUGGUUGGAGGGGACAGUCCCUGCUCAGGACGUGUGGAAAUCCAUGAUGGCAAGGAGUGGAAACCUGUCUGUGCCUCAGACUUUGAUCUGAAAGCUGCCAACGUGGUCUGCAGGGAGCUGCAGUGUGGCACAGCCCUGUCGGUGCAUGGGGCAGCUCAGUUUGGAGAUUGGGCUGAGUUCACAGAAUACAGGCUGGUGAAUGGCAGCAGAGGCUGUGAGGGGAGGGUGGAGGUCCAAGUGCAUGGGACGUGGGGCACCCUCUGUGACUGGCGCUGGGACCUGCUGGACGCCCACGUUCUCUGUCGUCACCUCAACUGUGGCUUUGCUGAGUCCGUUCCUGGAGGAGGCCACUUUGGGAGAGGCACAGGCCCUGUCUGGAGAGACUCCUUCCACUGUGCUGGCACUGAAGCCCAGCUGGGCCAGUGCCCCGUGAGCAGCCUGGGGGCCUCUCUGUGCUCCCAUGAGCAGGACGCUGCUGUCAUUUGCUCAGCUGGCUCCGGUUCCCUGCGGCUGGUGGGUGGAGGGAGCCACUGCGAUGGACGAGUGGAGAUUUUGCGGCGUGGGACGUGGGGCAGGGUCCUGGCAGAGCAGUGGCACCUGCAGGAGGCCAGCGUGGUGUGCCGGCAGCUGCGGUGCGGAGAGGCAGAGGCAGCCUACACCCUGCCCAAGGCUGAGAGAGGGCAGGGCCCCGUGGGGCUGUGAGGGGUGCGGUGUGCAGGGCACGAGGCCAGCCUGCAGCUCUGCAACACCUCCCUGCCCCAGAGCGUGCUGGCAGCAGGCAUUGCAGAGGAUGUGGGGGUCUCUUGCAGCGGCAGCCGGCAGGUGCGGCUGGCAGGGGGCCGCGGGCGCUGCGAGGGCAGAGUGGAGAUCUACUCGCAGGGCAGCUGGGGCAGCGUCUGCGAUGACAGCUGGGACCUGGCCGAUGCCAGCGUCGUUUGCCAGCAGCUGGGCUGCGGAGGGGCGCUGCAGGCGGUUGGCUCCGCUGGCUUCGGGGCAGGCUCUGGGCACAUCUGGCUGGAUGGGGUCAACUGCUCCGGGGCCGAAGCUGCUCUCUGGGAGUGCCCGGCAGGGCCCUGGGGGCAGCACGACUGCGGGCACAAAGAGGACGCCGGAGUCAUCUGCUCAGAGUUCGUGGCCCUGAGGCUGGAGAACAGCAGCAACUGCUCCGGGCGCCUGCAGGUGUUCUACAAUGGCACCUGGGGCAAUGUCUGCUCCAACUCAAUGACUCCCAGAACUGUGUCCCUGGCAUGCAAGGAGCUGGGCUGUGGGGACAGAGGAUACCUGGAUGCAAACCUGCCCUCUGCUAGGGUGUCUGCUGCUGCCUGGCUGGAUCGAGUGCAGUGUGGGGAAAGAAACAGCUCCUUCUGGCAGUGUCCCUCUGCUCCCUGGCACCUGCACUCUUGUGAAGACCUGAGAGAUGAGACCCACAUCAUCUGCCAUGGGAAACGACCAGAAGUGUCUGCAGAUCUCUCAGCCCCAUGCCCAAACCCCAGGAACUGCACAGGUAGCUGCUCCUCUGCACACCCCUCUCAGCCGGCAGGGCUCUGCCUGCUCUCCUGCUGCCCUGGCAGGGCUCUGCCUUCUCCAGCCAGGGAGAAGAUUCGUGCCGUGGGAGGGCAGCACAGGUGCUCAGGCAGAGUGGAGGUCUGGCUGCACGGCUCCUGGGGCACGGUGUGCGACGACUCCUGGGACAGGCAGGAUGCCCAGGUGGCAUGCAGGCAGCUGGGCUGUGGCCCUGUGCUGUCUGCCCCGGGGGAGGCUGCCUUUGGGGAGGGGACAGGCCCCAUCUGGCUGGAGCAGGUGGAGUGCCAGGGCACAGAGCCAUCUCUGCAGGAGUGCUGGGCCCGGCCUGGGGACAGCGGUGUCUGCCGGCACAAGGAGGAUGCUGCUGUGAGCUGCUCAGAUGCACCCAGCACAGAAGCACCAACCCCCCGAGCAGGUGCCCCUGGGGGCCGUCGGACCAGCAGCAGCAGUGUCUCAGUGCCUGUCAUCAUCUGCAUCGUCCUGGGAGCCCUUCUCUGCCUGCUCCUGGCCCUCCUGGCUGGACAAGUGCAAAGUGCCAGGGCUGGGCGCAGAGCUGCCCAGGCCCCUUGGGAGCCCUUCCCUCAGGCUGUGUAUGAGGAGAUUGGCUACAGCACAGCAUGGGAGAAGCAGGAGAGGUUCAGUGACUCAGGCUCCUAUUCAGAGGGGUCUUUGGCCAAGCUGCAGCCCAAGCCUGGUGACAGAGAGGAGGAGGAGGAUGGCCUGGAGUCAACAGCAGAUGUCUCUGUGCUGGCUGGAGGUGACCCACUGGAUGGCUAUGAUGAUGCCAGGGACAUUGCUAACCCUGGGCAGGAGCCUGUGUUUAGACAGGGAGCCAGGGAAAUGCCCAGGGAGCCAGAGGAAGGAUCAGGACCCAGAGAUGAACCUGGAGAUGGCUCAGUCCUGGCUGGAGGUGACCCAGUGGAUGGCUACGAUGAUGCCAGGGAGAUGUCUGCCCCUGCACAGGAUCCUGUGUUUAGACAGGGAGACAGGGAAAUUCCCAGGGAGCCAGAGGAAGGAGCAGGACCCAGAGAUGUGGCUGGAGGGGCAAACCUGUGCUCACAGAGCAGUGCUGAGGGGCCUGGAACAGAUGCGUGGGCCCUGUCCCUGGAGAGCACAGGCUAUGAUGAUGCUGAAGAGCUGCCUGCUGCACAUCCCCCUGAGGACACAUGGGGGCGACAGCACAGCUCCCUGAGCCCUCAGCCAGCAGAGCCCAUCCCUACCAUGAGGCUAAGAGAGAUCUGAAGGAGGAGAGCUCUGUGCACCUGGGUGAGACACAGGCACCAGGAACCGUUUGCUACUGCCAGGAGCAGCAGAAGCAGCAGGACAAUGCUUCUGCUUUUCCUUCCCCUCUCUGAUGCCUCCACACUGGUUCUGAUUAAAAGGC